CUUUUUUUGUGGUCCUACAGGAUCUCGAUCCAAAAAAAUAAAAUUAUUCGCUAUUAUUUUUCCACCUUUGACACAUAUUUAUUUUGUUUACCAUGUCUUCCACCACAACACCCAGCAAGGGCUCAACAGCAUCCGCAGAUGACAGGCACCUGUCCGCAAAGUUGCAAACCAUGAAGUUUAUGAGACGGUCGGCAGAUCGGGCAAAGGCAGACGAGGAACAGAAGCAGGAGAAGAAGACAAUCAGCGAAUCGCACUGGAGGGCAACGUACGUAGACACUGUGAUUCCUGAGGAGCGGCCCAAGAAGCGCGUUGUAUACGAGUCCAGCUACCUCAAGAUGCCGCGGGUAGACGAUGGCAGCAGCAAUGCAACAAAUCUUGGUCGCCGGUCGUUCAAAGCGUUCAACAAGCAGACUGAUCUGGUGAACGCCGAGUACGAGGCGAAGGUGCGCGAGCAGGAGCUGGAUCAGGAGCAGAAGCAGAUGGAGGUGGACGACAAGGCAAUGGCAAAGGCACUUUCCGGAGACAAGCCCAAGCGCACUAAGCCCCAGCAGCCCGCUGGAUCGUUACGAGAGCAGAACGAGCAGCUUAAGCGCAAACACGAAUGAUUAUCUAUUGCUUCUUUUUUAUUGUCAGAUAGCAGAACAGCGCAGUAAAACUGUGUGGGUUUUAUGUUUUUUUUGCGUGCCAAUUUUAUUUUACACAAUGCAGAAAUUAU